CUCAGUAUUCUCUCCGCAGAAAUAGAAGAAGCAGUGUCUGCGCUACACACGGGUGACAAGUGCCGUCUCACGCGCUCGCGGGGCCCCCUGCCGCGCCGCUCGGUAUCCCCGAUUCUCUCUGCGAUAAAGAGGAGCUUCGAAAGGCCCAGCGAAUCCCGGCCGCGUCCCGCCGUGGAUCUCUCGGCCUCGCUCGAGUAUUCGGAGGGAGUAUCCCCGGGGGGGACACGAGAUCGAUCGAUCCUCCGCGGAGACGGAUGAACGGCUCUCGGCUACGUUACUGCCGGCCACGAAGACUACUGCCACGAUGGCCGAGGAGGUUGACACAAACGAUAACGCGGCGAUGGAAAGUCUAGCGCAGAAUCUGCUGGAGGUCAGUGCCGGAGAAGGUGGCCCGUCCGCGCUGAACGAAGUGGGCGCGCUGCAGUUUCAAGCGUCCCAGGUGAUCUCGCGGCUGGAACAGGCGGUGGAACGGGCGGCCGACGGUGGAGGUGGUGGAGGCGGCGGCUGCGACGGCAGCACGUGGAACAAUCCCUCGGGAUUCCUGUCGCAACCGAAAAAACCGGACGAGAUAUUGGCGCUGAUACAGGACUUGGUGCUUCACGAGGACGCCCCGCAACCAGCAGAAGUUGGUUCUACGGACACACCGGCCAGCCAGGUUACCGCACUACCGGUUUUAACCGAUGCGGCGAAAUUGGCCUUAGUCACGCACACCGUUUCAGCUUACGCUGUGGCGCUACCAAAACAGCACGCGCAAAAGCUUGCCGGUCGUUUGGCAGCCGACACGACGAGAUGGCUCAGUCACAUCUUCCGCUUCGUCGAUUGCGCGUCGUCCUUCCACGAGGAUCACCUGGAGGGUCUGGUCAGAGUGACACGUUUGGCCUUGCACCGAAAGUACCCCAGGUACAUGGAGGAGGGCUUCUCCGCGCUCGCGUCUAUGCCACCCUUGAUUUACAGCUCUGUCGCCGCACCCUUGGGCGUUGUUCAACAUUUGUGCCGGCAGCUCUCCUUACCGCUUCACUGCAUAAGGCCGAUCCCACAUAAUACCAUGUUUGGUUCGAGGCAUACUAUGGACAUCUCGGCGUUGGAACGACGUUUAGCGGAAGAUACGCAGUCGAAUAAUGUAACACCGUUGUUGGUCUUGGCCGAGGCUGGCUCGGUGUUGACAGGCCAUUGCGACAAUAUCACCCGAUUACGAGCGAUAUGCGACAAGUACAACGUCUGGUUGCAUCUAAGAGGGCACUCGUUAGCCGCGCUCGUAUUGAACAAUUCGGCGAAGGAUCUGCCGUCGAAAAUAGCGGAUAGCAUUACGUUACCGCUCGGAAUUUGGCUGGGUAUACCUUCACUACCGGUGGUUACAUUAUAUAGAUUAGCCGAUAUCAAAGGAGGCAGGCCCACUCCCAGAGAUACCACGUUAUCGCUAGUUUCCGGACUGAUGGCAGAUUCACUGUCGAGACGUUUGCCGACCCUACCUUUGUGGGCUGUUUUGCAGAUCUUAGGUCGGGACGGUGUGCAUAACAGAUUUAAGAGGUGCUUUCUGGCUGUGGAGGAAUUGUACAAUAAGAUUAAAGAAUUCUCUUGUAUUAGAAUAUUGAGCCAGCCGCCAGGUGGUGAGACGGAGUCUUACACGAUAAACGAUUAUCUGGCGAAUCCCGUGAACAAUCUACAGUUGUUCGAGGUGGUGGCGAACUCGUUGGUUUUCCAAUUCGUACCUGCGAACAAGGAUCUCCAGACUACGGAACGCGUGCUACCCUAUUACGACAAGCUGAACUCUUGGUUGGGGCAGAUCCUUCAGAGGGACAUCGAUAAUGUACAAAUCGAGCUUUGUGAUAUAGAACAGUGCGGCGUGGCGAUCCGUAUAUGCCCAUUGGAGAACCCCGAUCGGCCGCCAACGACCGAGGACAUAGACAAUCUGGUGACUUGUCUUGAACAGCAAAUAGAAAUAUUGCUAGCAACUGUGGAGCAUAAAGACACCUUCGUACGUUUAGUCUCGGAGAACGAUUCGUUGCAUCUGGUGGAAAUGCCGGGCUGGGCGGGUCUGGGAGGCGUGCGUUACGCUCCACCUACGUGGAUUCACGUGAUGACCGAUCAGGCGAAGGAAGAACUGAACCGACUGAACACCCAGCUGGUCGAGACUCUGCGCAGCACCGACGCCGCGUUUUCCCUCGGGGAAGGCGCGGACGGUUUGGCCUGCGUGCGAUUCGGCAUGGUGACGCAGGAUACAGACGUGGCCGAACUGUUGUCUCUGGUCUUGCACGUUGGCCAAGAGGUGGAGGCCAGCUCGAAAAUGUUGGACACCAUAUCCGAGGUGGUGAAGAGGGGCAUCGAGACGGCGCAGAUCGACCUGGAGAGGGAAAACGCGGAGAAACUGUGGCAGGAGGGUAUCCUCCGGCACGUCCCCGUGGUGGGGACUUUCGUCAACUGGUGGAGCCCUCCAUCGAAGGAGACCGGCGUGCGUGGUCGCAGCCUGAACCUGCAAGCUGGUGUCGUGGAAAGUACGGAGAAUAUCUACAAGUACCACAUGCAGCUGCAACCGAAUUUCACGAACAGCAACGGUUCGGGCGCGAGGACGCCGCCGCAGCCGUUGGUGCAAACGCCGGUCGGCGCCGGCAGUCAGAGCCACAGUCGCUCGUCCAGCCAUUCCAGCCUGCAGAGCGGUAAGAGCAUGCCUCUGAUAAGCAACGCCUGUGUCCAACACCAUGUGAAGGAAGAGACCGGCCCGGUCAAGUCGUAGUGAACAAUCCUGGUACCAUCCUUUCACCGUUUCGCCCAUCGAGAGCACAUUGUUCUCGAGCGAGAUCACUGUUCGCCGCGGGAGCCGAAUCGCCGGCCGUAAAACGUUCUCUCCAACGGGUUAUAAUGGGUCUUUGUAUUAUUCGCGAGGAACAUCCGAUCGUCACUCGCGCGGCAAGGAUCGUGCUGGGAGCGAGCAAGCCGGUUUAAUUUUCUCCUCGCUUUCUGCUGAUGCUAUUUUCGUCGACUGUUUCUCUUUCUCUUCUUCGGGAAUGUUCACUUUUACGUAUUUAGAAUGCGCGAGCGAGGCCGAUUUAGCGUGGAAAUCUCGCCGAGCCGGGCGAUUUGUUAUUCCAAAGCGAUCGCGACUUAAUGCCAUGGGACGGCCCCAUGUACUUAUUAGACUGAUACACGUAGCAAUGUCGCUUUUACGAUAAGUUGCGUACAUAAUAACAAAACCAACUUGACACCUGAGAUACCUCUCGCAGCACAAUAGUCGGAAGAAAGUCUCUUCUUGAAUCGUUAAUCUUUUUCUCCUCGUUUUGUUAAUAUCGAUUCGCCUCUGUGUGUGUGUGUGUGUGUGUGUGUGUGUGUGUGUGUGUGUGAGUGCGCGCGCGCGCGUGUGUGGUGAUUGGAAAAGGGCGUGUCGUAAUGUUACGCGUGAAACUUACUUAACAAUGAAUAGUUUUAUCGCGACAUACUCUCACGAUUUUUGUGCCUAUAUGUAGUGAAUAAAAUUAUUUAUUGCUAAAAAAAGGACUACGUAUAAGUUAUAAUGCGCUUAUCGCCGUUACACGCAAUCACUCAACUAUAUACGGACAGCUUCUCUCUCUCUCUCUCUCUCUCUCUCUCUCUCUCUCUCUCUCUCUCUCUUUUUUCGCUGCUAUCAUCAUUUAAGCUUUACUCGCGCCGAAUUAAUCUUUCCGCAGCUCGUUAAGUUUCCUUCUCAAGCACGACAAACUGCAACGAGAUAUGAUGUGUAACGGACUGUAAUAUAUACAGGAUGACCCAUCUCUCACGCGGGAUCUCUCAAGGCCGGAUACUUUAGGUAACUUAGAAGGUAAAAAUAUUAAUGCGGAAAAUAUAUCGAGGCUCUAUAAUAGUUCUUAAAUAAUAAACUGUUAAAGUUGGUCCGCGACAGAGUGGCUAAAGUUUUCGCGUUUCGGUGCAGUACAUUAGGCGGGAACAUCAGAUCGAGGGGAAUUCGAGAUAUUUUCUACCUGCGCAUCCAUUUCUAGAUAUGUGUUCAUCGCGACUAUUGAUUGGCCGAGGAAGAAACAACGAGACGCUUCAACGCAGCCGUGACACUUUGAUAGCUUUGUUGACGUUUACAAUUUGUAAAAGGUAAAAGGAGAAUCGAUCGCUUCUCGCGUUACGAACAAUCAACAUGGAAAAAUCGCGAAAUUGAUCCACAUAAUUGUAUAAUAAUUAUUCAGGCGGGGUAAAUAUAAGUAUAUAUAUUUUUUUUCAUUAAAACUCAGGAAAAGAUAUUUUUUUCUUUUUAUUCCCUGUGCUUCUCUUCACUAUCGUGUUAUCAAGUUACAUCCAAAUGUUGUUAAUAUUUAAGAAAGAUGUGAAUUGUUUCUAUUAUGACUCUGGAAUCAUGUGAAACCUUUCUUAUAGAUUGUAUAAUGAUAAACAUGCCAUUAUUUUAUAUAAACUAUAAUAAUAUGAAUGUAGACACAUUGGUAUAAAAAUAAUUUAACGUGAAAAAUUAAGAGUGACGAGAGAUAUGUAUUAAACGGAAGUUGUUAUUUAAAGGAUUAUUUUAAAUAGAACACAAUCGUUCAUAUUGGGACAAAACAUUUUGUGACAGUAAUGUGGAUCUUGUUAUUGAUAUAUAUUUUGAUCGGAUAUGUUAUCAUACUUGAAGGGGAGACACGCGGAUAACAUGCGUUUACUAGUCAAAAUUCUUUUAAUCAUUCAUGUGUAUUAUAAUAUAUAUUGUUCUUUUUAUUUUUAAAAAUUUAGCUUGAAAAAUAAAUUAACUUGAAGUUUAACAAUACGUUGUACACUCCUUCACAUACCUACAGCAUAUUUAUUUUACUUAACAAUAUUAUUAAAAAUUGUUAAAAUAAAAAAAUUUGUUUCCCUUAAAAAAAUCUUAUGUUUUAUAUACUCGGUAUGCAAGUUUUUCUAUUGGCUCAGAACCGAGUGUUCUGUGACCGCGAUAUAAUCUUCACAUUUAAAAUUCACGAUUAGAACUUUGGCGUAAAUGUUCUAAUAUAUUAUUCCGAGAAAUCUGACGAGCAAUUUAAAGUCUAAAAACUUUUCGUGAAAACUGUAAUGUUUGUUAUUUGUGUUGAUUAUAGCCUCGAUAUUUUUCGUGUUAGAACUUUUAUUUCCAAAUUUCUUAGGCACCUGACCUUGGAAGGUUUUUUUGUUUUGCAAGAAGUGGGCCUGUAUAUAAUGUAAUUACACUUUAUAUAUGAAAGAUAUUGCAUGCAUCGAAUCUUACAUAAGCAGUUUUAAAGAGCAAAAACUUGAACGUGAGUGAGCAAAGAUGAAUCAAGCAAGAAGUGGUGCGACGGUAUUUGAAAGAUACAAACGAUGACACGCCAAAGAAAUUUAUAUUCACAUCUAAAUGAGAGAAAGAAUGAACUAUAUAUUAUUGCCCUUGUACCAUGUAAUCCAUAAUGAAAUCAAGAUAAAAUAAAAUAUUGCAAUGAUUAUAAUAUUAAUAAACAAAUUAUAUCGCAUUAGGAGAUAUUCGUAAAUUGUUGAGAAAUAUUGAGAAUGAGGAGAAAUCAAGCAGCAUGUAUAUUUAUGUACCAAACUGUUGUAAUAAAGUAUUGCUAAUAAAUAAAUAAUAUAAAAUAUCUAGAUUAA